AUGAAUAGUAAAAAAGCACAUCUAAUAGCCACAACUUUUGAUAAUGGCCUCGAAGUAGUAAAGGGCGAUGAUCAAACUGAAGAGUUAGUUUUUGUUAAAGGAAAAUCAACAAGAGAGUUACCGGACUUCUUACCAGAUACUUUUGAAACGAUAGAUCUCCAAUAUAAUGACGAUAAUUCAUGCCACAAGGUUUUUAACGAUCAGGAAGCAACGCUGAAAUCAAUCUUGAAUUCAUCUGCCAUAAAACUACCUGUAUGGCCCAUAGAACAAGUGGCAACAUUAAAUUCUCAACUAGUUAUUACCUUAAAAGAUAACUCUCGGGCGAUUCUUUUACCAGUGUACACGUCUUUUGCGGGAAAAACAACAUUAACCGCUAUAACUAUUUGCGGGUUGAAUCAGAAUCGCGCUUUGGAUCGAGAAUAUUUGGAAUUUUUAAAUCUCGUUGCUGGUCAUGUGAGUUCAGGCCUAGCACAUGGUCGAUCACGCGAAGAGGAGAGAAAACAAGCCGAAAUUCUAGCAGAUUUAAAUCGUCAAAAAAUAAUGUUUUUCCAAAAUAUUAGUCAUGAGCUGAGAAAGUCAAGUCAAUCUCGUAGUUAUGAAGGUACCGGCAUAGGACUUGCAUUUGUAAAGGAGCUGAUAAUGAGACACGAUGGUGAAAUUUCCGUAUAUUCGGAAGUGAAAAAGGGUACUACUUUCCGUGUAUCACUACCAACGGGUUGGGCACAUUUACCGGAAACACAAGUAUACCAUGAAAAAAAUGAAUUUGAAAUUAAUUCAAUGGAAAAAUAUUCGGUUAAUGGACGGAAUCUCUAUAUUGAAGAAUCACAUCAAUGGAUACAAAAUGGUCCCGAUAAUGAAUCAAUUGAUAUCAAUAAUGAUAACGCGGAUGAUAUUAUGGACUUAGAUUGCCUAAAUACCUUAAACGAUUUAGUGUUAGAGAACAAGAAGGAGGAUGUUCAAAACAUCUCCUUACCUUUGUUGCUUAACGAUAUAUCUAAUGCGCGCAAAGUUUUUUACGUUCUUGUCGUCGAUGAUAAUACGGACAUGAGUUUAUUACAAAAGGAAUUUAAAGUACGCAGCGCUUGCGACGGUCGAGAUGCCUUAAGAAUAUUAAAGAAAUUUCCAAAGAAACCUGACUUGAUCUUAAGCGAUGUUAUGAUGCCAAAUAUGGACGGUUUGGAAUUCUUAAAGGCACUUAGAUCUGAUCCAGUAACUCAGUUAAUUCCCGUGAUUUUUUUGUCUGCUAAAGCGGGUGAAGAUGCCAGCGUAGAAGGAUUGGAACAUGGCGCGGAUGAUUAUUUAAUUAAACCAUUUAGUGUCAAAGAUUUAGUUGUUCGAAUUAAAGCGAACAUUAAACUCUCACAUCUUCGUCAACAACUUUUGCUACAACAGAAACAACAAUCGGAGACUCGAGAGUUAUUAUUCUCAAUAAGUGACAAGAUUCGCUCUGGAUUUGAUAUAGAAAAAACGUUAUCUAUAGCUAUGGCGUUCUCGGCCUCUGAUCCAAACGAACAAAAUUUAGCGGGAAGAAGUUUUUCGUAUUCAUUAUAUGAUGAAAAAGAUAUUCAGAAGUUAUUUUCAAAAUAUAAUAUUGUUGAAACGGGUAACAAGGCGUUUAAAAAGCUCCAAGAUGCGUUAAUGGAUCAUAAUGAGUAUGUAGUGAUGGAAAAUUCCUAUUCCUGCGUAGUUGGCCGCUACGUCUCUGUAAUUACUAUGCCAAUUAAAACAAAUUCAUCAGCGUGGGGAUGGAUAGUUGUUAAUAGAGCACCAAACGAAACUUGGUUGGAUUCAGAGAAGGUCUUUAUUCAGCAAAUUUCAAAUCAAAUUGGCUUGGCGAUAACACAUGCAAUGCUUAUGGAAGAAAAAUUAAAAAAGGAGGCUCAGAUGGAAGCUGCAAAAGCAGCUAAUGAAGCUAAAGGACAAAUUUUAGCAAAUACCUCUCAUGAACUUCGAACGCCGUUAGGGGCAAUAAUAGGACUUUUGUCAGCAUUUGAAGAUACUCCGUUAACUAAAGACCAGAAAGAAAUGGUUCAAAUAAUGACACGCGCAUCAGAUGUUGUUCUUUCUGUGAUUAACAACAUCCUUGAUGCAGCCAAACUUGAGGCACAGAAGAUUGCGCUUGUUAAUAGAAAAUUUGAUUUACUGCAUGUGGUUGAAGAAACUCUAAACAUACUUGGAGAAAAGGCAGGCACUAAGCAGCUUGAGUUAAUUUUAUGUUAUGAACAUGAAUCUCUUCCAAAAUACGUAAAGUCAGAUCCCGAUAGCAUUGAUCCCAAAUUUAUGAAACAUAUAUGGGAAAGCUUUUCACAGGCAGAUGCCACUAUAACUAGACGCCAGGAUGGUACAGGAUUAGGUCUUUCGAUUUGCAAACAUCUGGUGACCGUAAACGGAGGAGAAUUAGGAGUUACAAGUGAAUUAGGGAAAGGAAGUCGGUUUUGGUUUACUUGGAACGUCGAACCAUUAACUGUUAACCAAUCUAACUUGGCAUCCCCUCCAGCCGUACGAUCUGAACGCAUUCUUGUGAUUGAUCCAAUUUAUAUAGCUCGUGACACUUUAGUUAGAUUCAUAGAGAGUCGUGUUAAACGAGUUGACGCGUUCGACACCGUCGAAGAGGGUAUUAUAUCGGCGAAAAUGUGGAAAGAACAACGCAACGAAAUAUAUGAUCUCGUCUUUUUUAAUAUUUGCAGAAAUAAUACAGACGAUAUUAGAAAGGCAUUAAGAGAGUUAAGAAUUGUAUGCGGAGAUCACUUGUGUAUAGUAUUGAUGGUCUUUUGGUCCACUAGAGGGCGUAUUACGGGAGAAGAGAUAAUGAAAGAAGUCGGAGGUCGAAUUAUCACCUUAUAUAAACCUAUAAUGCAGAAUCGAAUUUUGGAUUAUUUAUAUAAUAACGAAAACUUAAAUUUAACGUCUGAUAAGCUUAAUGGCUACAGCGCUGUUAAAUCAUUAACGGAAUUAAGAGUGGAAAAAUAUUAUAAUGAUAAUCGAUCUUUAACCCACAUCAAAGAUUUAUCUGUAGGGAAUUUGCCGACAAAUAAAAAUGAUAGCGAGGAUACUACUAUGCCAAUUAUUGAAGAAUCAAAUAACGAAAAAUCUAAUAGAGAUUUAAUGAACUCUUCUGUAGAUGAGCCAUUAAAAAAAACGUCUUUGAAAAGAAUGUCUUCUGAGGAUGAGGACAACAGAACUCUUGAUUAUGGGCACGAAGAUAAUCCCAUAAAUCUAAAAGUUAUACAACAUCAGCUCACGAAACUCGGAUAUCAAUCGCUGUCAGCAACAAAUGGACAAGAGGCCGUAAAUUUAGUGACCGAAUUUUCUAACCGUCUAAAUAACAAGUGCACACUCAUAUCUUCAUCAAAUUUACCUUCCGAUAGCUACGAAAAUAUUUCUUUAAUUCUAAUGGAUUGUGCAAUGCCAGUAAUGUCGGGUUAUGAUGCUUCGAAAGCCAUAAGAGCAAUGGAAUCACCGAUAUCACAAAUACCAAUUAUUGCGUUAACGGCAUCAGCUAUUCAAGGUUCAAGAGAUAAAUGCCUCGA